CCUGUUCUGGUUUUUUUCUUCUUCCAAUCUACCCUAGGGGCAAAGAAAAUCGCCUUUCAUAUUUCCAAAGUGAUAUUUGUUGGAGAGAGGAAUGGUGUCUCUUUAGAGAGGGAUCCAGAAAGUGAAACCACUAUUGCUGCUUAAGGAUGUUGUGCGACUGAUCCGGCUGUUUAACAUCUUAUUCCUCCUUGCAUUCUGAAUAACAACCCAAUGGCAACCUGUCUCUUUUGCUGACAAUAUUCUAAAGGGAGAGGAGGACACACAGAUAAGUUACUACAAGUUUACAGUGAGAGGUUGUCUGAAAGUCCAGGACUCCCGCAAAGCCAAGGCUUGCUUGUGUCUCUCUGAGAGGAAAUGGCUGCCGAGGAAGGUUCCAGAAAGCCGUUUGGCUUCCAAGCCCAGGCUGCUCCUGGGCACCCAAGUGUCAAAAUGGAAGAACAUGACCCGACAGGCCCCAAAAUAGCAGAAGGGGCAGAAAGGGCAGGGAAAUCCCCUCGUGUCAUUCAAGUUGGGACUAUCAGGGAGUUCCUCAACUGGGCUGCACCGCUCCAAGUAAAGCAGGAACCUGAUGAAGGAUUGCAUGAGCGCUGGGAAGCCCAGUGGCAGGAAUUCCUUGCAGCCAUGCAGUCCUCUCAUUUGGGGUGGGGAGGGCCACAGUUGACUGAGGACACUGUGCCGUGGGGGGAUAACAGGGCCUUCUUUGCCUCCUUCGAGCGACUGGCCGGGACCUGUCAGCUUCCUCGGCGGGAAUGGUUGGCUCGCUUGCUGCCAGUCCUGAGCAGAGAGGCCAAGGAGGCCUACUGCAACCUCAGCGUCCAAGACAGAGGGGAGUAUGCCAAAGUCAAGGCAGCCAUAUUGAAAGUGGAUGCCAUCCGGAUGGAGACCCAGCGCCAGCGCUUCCGGCAAUUUCGCUAUCAUGAGGCCAGGGGACCCCGGGAAGUGUGCAGCCAACUCCGUGAACUCUGCCGGGGUUGGCUGAAGCCCGAGAAGCACACGAAGGAGCAGAUCUUAGAUCUCCUUGUCCUGGAGCAGUUCCUGACCCUCCUGCCACAGGAAAUACAGAACUGGGUGAGGGAGCAUGACCCAGAGACGUGUGCCCAAGCUGUGCCCUUGGCAGAAGCUUUCCUAGUGAAACGGCGAGAAGCUGAAAGGAAGGAGAAACAGAUACUGGAAGCUCGGCUUGCAAGCAGGUCUGAGGUGAAGCCAUCUCCCUUCGGCACUGGACUGAAGCGGAUCUGCAGAGAAGUGAAACAUGAAGGCUCAAGAGUUCUGGAUACAAGUGAUUCCAGGAGUGACCAUGGGGAGAAGAAAGUCAUCCGUGGCACAGAAAAUGGUCUGAAAAGUCCUACAAGAAGUCAGCUGAGUCAAAGGAGCUUCCUCCAAAUUCCCGAGAACAGGAAAAUGUUCCAUCAGAACCAAGCCCUCAUUAAACACCCAAGAGUCCACACAGCUGAGAGUCCCCAUCAAUGCCCUGACUGUGGGAAGCACUUCACACAGCGCUCCAGCCUCACUAUUCACCGUAGAAUCCACACAGGGGAGAAACCUUACCCUUGUCCUCAGUGUGGGAAGUGUUUCCGCCAGAGCUCCAACCUUCUCAAACACCAGAGAAUUCACUCUGGCGAGAAGCCGCAUCAGUGUCCAGAGUGUGGGAAAUGUUUUGCCCAGCGGUCGAACCUUCUCAUCCACCAGAGAACCCACACUGGAGAGAUGCCCUAUGUAUGCUCUGAGUGCGGGGCUUGCUUUAGCCAACACCGAGGCCUGGUCACUCACCAGAGAAUCCACAUGGAAGAGAUGCCGUAUGGCUAUGGCUGUCCAGACUGUGGGAAAUGCUUCCAGCAGAAUUCAGAUCUCACCAAACACUUGAGAGUCCACACAGGGGAGAAACCAUACAGCUGCCCUGAAUGUGGCAAGAGUUUUAGUUACAGUUCGAAUCUUAGCAAACACCAGAGAAUCCACACGGGCGAGAAGCCUUACCUCUGCAAUGUGUGUGGGAAAAGCUUCAGCCACCUAUCCACUCGCAACACCCACCAACGGGUCCACACAGGGGAGAGGCCGUACGGCUGCACUGAGUGUGGAAAGAGAUUCAUUUCCAGCUCAAAGCUUACAAGACACAUGAGGACACACUCGAUAUACACCCCUUAUAUCUGCAAUGAAUGUGGAAGGAGUUUCAGCACUCACUCCACCCUGACUACACAUCAGAGAAUGCAUUCUGCUGAGAGUUACAGCGUGGGAAAUUCUUGGGAAGCUGCUGAGCAGGGGCCGAGCAGCCGCUUGGGCAGGGUGUCACCUCUGUGAUUGCUACCUGUCCUGUUUUCUUAUGAUUUAGUCUGUCCUGGUCGUAUAUAGGUCCAUUGUGAUACUUCUAGAAAAGGGUGCUAGUCCCUAAGAUGUUGGAAUCGGGAGGCCUGAACUGUGCAGGCAGGAGGUGAGAAUAGGGAAGGAUAAUAAUAGGAUUAGUUUGGUGGGUUUGGAAAAUAGAGGUAGGCUGGGAGAAAAAAAUAGGUUAGCAAGAGGGAUGGAAGUAAGAUUUCAGGCGUAUAUUGCCAGUUAGUUUUAGGAGCAAAGCCUAGUGCGGAACAGAGGCCCUCACAUUUUAUCAUAAGCAGCCUCAAGCAAAGCAUAAGACCAGCUGUUUUUAGCCUCUUUGUAGUAAUGCAUGUCCCAGCUGACCUUUAGCAGUGUGAUAGCUAAAUAGAUCCUCCACCUUCAGUAGCAGUGUACCUCUGAGUACCAGCAGCUUGACCCAAGCAGCAGAUGUGGCCUUCAUGGUCUGUCUCUGAGCUUCCUGGAAGCAUCUUGCUGUUUUCGUGUCUGGUGCAGAAUGCUGGAUUAUUGGUUUAUUGUUUGGGUCUAGCUGGCCAGAGCUCAAUGUGUUGAUCCAUCCAAAAGUACUUUAUAAAAAUGUACAGUUGGGCAUUACUUUUACUGGGAGCAACCAAAGUCUCACAAUUAAGAGCAAGCUUUUGAAUUCUUCCAAACAUGUCAUUAUCCUGGAAGUUAAGCAAAGCACAGGGAGAAAGAAAAGGGAAAACCCUUAAAAGGAACUAACACACAUACAAAAAGGUUGUGGAUUCUAGCCAUAAGAUCUGGAUUUAAACUGAAGCUUUAAGGUGCCUGUCUCCAUUAUAGAAUCAAACUGAUUCAGUCCUUAAUCCCUUUUCUUGGGUAUCGGGAACUGUAGUUUAGAGGAAUUGAUUAGAACUCGGUAACAGAGAGUUCUAAGUAUGUGACCAAACUACAGAAAGCCAACAUAGUGUAGUGGUUUGAGUGUUUGACUAUCACUCUGAGAGGCUAGGGACUGCAUCCCCAGUUGGACAUAGAAACCCACUGGGUGGCUUUGGACAAGUCACAUGCUCUCAGUCUAAGAAAAAUGUCCUCUAAUCAAAUCUUUCCAAUUAAACCCUCGGAUAGGUUCGCUUUAGAGUCGCCAUAAAUUGGAAAUGAUGUAAAGGCACAAAACAAUACCACCAAACCACAAACUACAGGAUUCCAUAGGAUGGAUUGAUGAUGGUCAAAGAGGCAUUCAGCUGAAUAGAACUGUGUAGCAUAGACGUACUCAAGAUGGAGAGGAAGCUUCAAAAUGACAAGUGAAAUUCAGUGUGAGUAAACCUAAAGUGAUGUGUAUUUGAGCAAACCCACUGCCACUCCAACCUCAUAUAUGCUAAUGGUAGCCACUGACCAAGAAAAGGAUUUUGUGGUUGUGGACAAUUUAAUAUUGACCCAGUUUGUACCUGGUGUAAAAGAAAAAAAUGGGGUAAACGCAAAUUCUGUUUUGGGAUUCAUGAAGAAUAGGCUUAAAAAUAAAAUGGCCGAUGUCAUAAUGGCUUUACACCGGGGUUUCUCAGCCAAGAUUCCUCACCAGGGAUCAUGAUUAAAAUAAUACAGUUAAAAUUUAUUAUAAAGAUAGAAUAACUUUAUGCAUGGGUUCCCUCAGACUUGAAAAUUAUUUCAAUCCAGGGUAAUCCAGGGUAAAAAGGUUGAGAAAGGCCGUAAAAUGCAGCCAUAUUUGGAAUACUGUUCUGUCCACCUCAGUGCAAAAGGGGUCUUGUUGAGCUGAGAAUGGGCAGAAAAUACAGUCAAAAUGAUGUGGAAGGUGGAGUAACGCUCUGUGUAAGGAAAGAUUACAACUUUGGGGUGGCUUCGUUUAGAAACAGAGAUAAUUUAAAGGGAGAGAUACAAGAGAUGUAUAUAAUUUUGGCAUUAUUAGGUGUGAAGAGUCAUUACCUGAAGCUGAAUGGUGGGAGAUUAGGAACAAAUAAAUGACAGGACUUUUUCCCACUGCAGACAGUUAAAAAAAAAAAAGAAUUUGCUACCAUAAGAUGCAGGGAUGGCCACCAUCUUUGAGAAUUUAAAAGAUGACUAGACAGGUUAUGAAUGUCCCAUAAGGCACAAUGGAUAGACAUUCCCUUCCAUACGAGAAGCUAUAUGUUUCUCUAGGAUAGGAAGCACAAAGUGAGAAGGCACUGUAGUCAUGCUUUUCUUUUGGGCUUCUUCAUGUGGACAUUUGACUGGCCACUGUAUGAACAAAAUCCUGGACUAGAUAAAUUGAUCCAUUAGGUUUUCCUGUUCUUACACUCUUAAUUUCCCCCCACUAGCUGCCUGUUGACAUAAUGUUCUAUCCAAAAUUCUGAGAUAAAAGAGACAAGACUUUAUCUUUUCAGAUAUUCAGACUGUAUUUUCAAAACCAGCUCCCCAUCUUUUGCUUUUUCAAGCUGGAUUAAAAGGUCUUACCACAGAGCUGGGGGGCCUUUUUCUGAUCUUUUGGAUCACAUCUCCUUUAAAUCUCAUGCCAUUUGCUGUGCUGAGUGGGACUGGUGGGAUUUUACAGGUCAAAUUCUCUGAAGGGCAAAAAGUUCACCACCUGUGGCUUUCAAUUUUGAAAGCCCUGAGUUCAAGUCAUGUCUUUCCAUGAAUCCUGGAGGGCCAAAAUUCCCUUCCCUCGCUUAAACUUGAUACCUGUAACAGCUAGGGGCAAAUCAUUACAUUUGUCUGUCCUCUCCAUCUUGAAAGUAGAGCCCAUGGCUCCAACAUCUGGCUUUUGUAGUAUUCUUCCACCCUAUCUCCCACUGCUGCACUUUUCUUCUGAUACGAGUAGAAAGGCGGGGUACAAAAUAAAUAAAUAUUCAACAUCCUGUUUGGCAAUCAAAUGUGGAGGAUUCCCAAAAUUGCCCACCAUCUUGUUGCCUGAAUCCCUUUCCCAGGCAGGGCAGAGGGUUUUGCAUGCAGAAGGUUAGGUGGGCUGAAACUCUGGAGAACAAAAGGCCUCUCGCUCUAUGGUGUAGGACAGUGGUUCCCAAACUGUGGUCCUCCAGAUGUUUUGGCUGGGGCUUCUGGGAGCUGAGAUCCAAAACACUUGGAUGACAGUCUGACAGCCUCCUGGACUACUGUCCUUGGUCCUGAAUUUUGAGAAUUUCCAUAGUGGUAUAGCCCCCAGAUGGAGUAAGCAUGGCAUAGUGGUUUGAGUGUUGGAGUAUGACUCUGGAGACCUGUGUUUGAUUCAGCCAUGAAUCCCACUGGGUGACCUUGGGCAAGUCACACUCUCUCAGCCUCAGGGGAGGGCAGUGGCAAACCUCCACUUGCCAAGAAAAACCCAAGAUAGGGUUGCCAUACGUUGAAAACUGCUUGAAGGCACACGACAACAACUGCAACAGUCCCCAAUGGGCUAGAAACAGGCCAGUCUUCUCCCACAGGGAAAUUAACCAUUCCUGGCCUAGAUGGUCCCUUCCAAAUCUGUGAUUCCAUGACAGAUCAUGUUGCUUUCUGUUUUUCAUUGUGUAACAUUCCUUUAUCAACCAAUUGAACCACACAAUAUAAUAGUCAAGCUAACCAGUAGGCCAUCUAUGAUUUUCUACCUCUUUUUUCUGACUUGAUUUGUACUCAUCUCUUAAAAAGACUUUCUAUCUGAGCAUUUCUGAUGUAGACCCCUGAAUCAGCAGUGCUGACGUAAUGUCCUUCAUUUCCACAACUUUCCUGUCCUUUUCUAUGGUUUUAUGUGCUUCUCCCUUAGCAACAUUCUUGACAUAUUUAUGAGGCAAACCUUUUGCAUUUGAAUAUGUAUUCUCAGGUAAUACUUGUGUAGGUGUGUGUGUAUCCCUCCCAAUGUACUGUAUUUCAAGUGCACAUCUCAGCUUAAACUGUUUGGACUACAAUUCUGGAGGCCAGGGUUCAAUUCUCAGCUUGGCCAUGAAACUAUGGGAAAGUCACACUCUCCCAGUUUCAGGGGAAGGCAAUGGCAAGCCUCCUCUGAACAAAUCUUGCCAAGAAAACCUCAUGAUAGGGUUGCCUUAGGGCUGCCAUAAGUCAGAAACGACUUGAAGUCACACAACAUCAACAACAAUGGCUGGCCCUCUCAUUAGGCAGUGUGAAGCACCUGCCUCAAGUGGUGGAAUAAGAAGAGCGGUGACAUGAAACACCCGUAAUAUCUGUCUCUGUCUCUCCACCAUUCCCGCCAUGAAAUGGCUCCUUCCUCCCUUAGUGUUAUGGCAUAGCAAGGCCAAAAAGCUCUAAUACAUGCACUUGCCCUCGAGUUGACUUUGACUCAUGGCAAUCCUGUGGAUGAAACAUCUCCAAGCCCACCUAUCCUCUACCGUUAUGCUUAGGUCUUGUAAUUUCAGUCCCAUGCCCUCCCUGAUUGAGUCCAUCCAUCUGGCAUGUGGUCUUCUGCUUUUUACUGCCCUCCACAUCUCCUAGUAUUAUUGCAUUUUCUGGUGAGUCAUGUCUUCUCCUUAAGAGGUUCAACAGCCUCAAUUUGAUCAUCUUGGCUUCCAGGAAGAGUUCUGGCUUGAGCCGUUCAAGAACCCAUUUGUU